GACGACAGCGAUGCUGGCUCGACGGCGUAAAAUACGCUACUACUCAAUGGGUCGGAUUCGGACGAUGAUCUGCUUGCGCUCCUCUGCACUGGGCUGAAUCAAGAAAAGAUAUUCGUACAAGAACUGCAAUGGAAUUACCACUCAUCUCCUCUCUCCUGGCCCUGGUCCUGAUCUCAGUGGACCUGUGCUUGGCUGAGUCUUCUGAAUCACAGAGGACCGUUGAAUACUACACUGAUAGGUGCCUAAAUGGCAAGUAUCACAAGGAUAAGCCUGGACCGGAAAGUGAUCUCUUCAGCCAGUGUACACCAUGGCGGAAUCGUUCUUGUUGCACCGAAGAAAUCUCAGAGGACCUUCACGUCCAGACAAAGUGGUAUAACUUCACAUGGAACCAUUGCAACACGCCCCUGUCAUCGUCCUGCGAGCAAUGGAUGAGACAGGAUCUAUGCUUCUACGAGUGCUCUCCCAAUGUAGGCCCAUGGCUUGUACCGCACUACAUCAGUAUAAGGAAUGAGCUUUUCCUGCAUGUGCCGCUGUGUGACACCGAUUGCUCUGUGUGGUUUGAGGCUUGCAGGAAUGACUACACCUGCCUAGAUAACUGGUCUAAAGGAUGGGACUGGUCGUCAGGUGAGAACGAAUGCCCCGCCAAUGCUACUUGCGAGACGUUUGAGGCCAAGUUUGGGAAUGCCAAGAACAUGUGUGAGAACAUCUGGAACAAGUCUUACUCUGUGGUCCCUGCUGAUACUGACGCCUGUAUGACUCUCUGGUUUGAUCCUACUAAUGGCGGAAACCCUAAUGAUCAGGUUGCCCUUGCCAAGGCUCAGGAGCUGGUCGGAGAUGCUGCUCGACCAGGACCACAGCAAUAUGCAAUCUUCACCACUGCCAUGGCGACCACAACAGUCCUUCUCGCCACUAGGUGGCUGCAUCAUUGACGUAGGCUUCGCCCUGUGAUACGAGGUGAUCUUACCACACUGAUCUUCCAGAGCUGUACUAACGAAAUGAAAAAAAGAGGGGGUGCUUUCUAUGGUGUGUGCUUUCUAUUUCUUAGGCUCUUCAAUUCAUUUCCAGGAGGCAAGUGUCGUGUUUGGUACCCAUUCAUAUGGAAUCCAUGCUAUGCAUGCAUCGUGCUUGCUGUAGGCCGGGUUUCAUUUCAGAGUUGGAACCCCAAGCUUAAAAUCACAAAACAAGUUGAAAACAUUUCUCAGGGAAAAUAUUUUGUGAUGAUUUACAGAUGGGAAACAUUCGUUCACGAAGUCUAAAUGGCCGUUCGUGACCCUUUUCCGAUAAGAGCCUCUUACAAAUCAAAGAUUCACUUGCAAGUCUUCUCAUCUGUCGUAAAAUACCAAUAACCUCCAUGAAUACUAAAAAUUAUUGCUUGCAAAAGACUUGAAAGAGCUUUUAUAGAGUAUAGAAAAGAAGAACAUUCAUGGGAUUUUCAUUGUCACAAUAUGAAUUUUUUUUUACAAUAUAUGAGACAAUUUGAUUUUUACCAAAGAAACAUUCGCUUUUUAAAAAUGUUUUCUGUCACAAAAUGUGUUUGUGAUUUAUCACAUUUUAAAAUUGUUGUGCAAUUGGUCUCAAAUACAAACACAUUAUCUAUGCUAUGAUGGCUUGAAGGUCUGCCAAAUUGGUAAAAUUCUUACCAAAUCUAUCAAGUGAUUAUUUGAUAACUUGGAUGGAUUUUUUUUACAAAAAAAACUUUAUGAUUUCAUGUGAACUUAUUGACAUUGAUGCUAAACAAACCCAGUGUGUGAUGUACAGUACUCUCAAACUGAUAUUAUGACCUUGCAGAUUGUAAGGAUUUUUUUUCCCUUCAGGACACCAGAGAUGCCAAGUUCAAUGACCAGCUAUGCGUGAGAUUUUCUGUGAAUCUGAGUGAGAUCACAGACAUUGUGUACAAUGUAUAUGGGGAUGGGCUGUGAUAGUUGCAUGAGACAGAGAUUUGAGGGGAUGAACAAGAGUCCAAAAUGCUUGAGUCUCACGCAUAAUGCAUGAGACUUGGUAGCUCUGGGACACAUUUAUAUAUCAUAGCAUUAAUGGGGAAAACUGACAGAAUAAUGAUCUGAAGCCAAUGCAUAGAGAAAGUGAAUGGGGCAUCCAAGUGCACUCAUGACAUCCAGAGACCAGAGGAAUCUGCAGUAUAAAUCGCAAACUCAAUAAAAAAAACAUGUACCGUGGCCUGUGCCUACACACAUGACAAACUGCAUGUGCUAACCUGAAUCACACAUCACAGGCAGGCAAAAUUUUAAGGUAAAGCUAGGCACAUGUCGAUCCAAUCAUACUGUCCUAGUCCUUUGCUCCAUCUAGGCCUAGCUUUCAAUGUAUUUAGGGUUAUUUGGUCUUCAUUUUAAUAUGUCUCCAAAUCGUGUCUUUUUAAAAAGAAAUAUUCAAUGGUUUUUCAUUCAUGCGACCAUUCGGAUAUUAUAUUCAGUGGAAGUUGAAGCAGUCUAUUCAACCCAGCUUCGCAUCAUUGAUUUCACUCUUCAACUGUCCCACUCGUGUAAUAUUCAGAAGGAUUGCACUCAUGAUCAUUGAAUAUUUGUAGUUGGUAUUGUAUAUUUCACCAUCUAGUUCAGCUUCUUCAGAAGGGAAAUUUCCCUGGCAAAUGGAAAAUCGUCUGUAGGAGAGGUUAGGUGUCCUGAGGCGUGACUAUUACAUCCGAGGACCUUUCUCCUUCCUGGUUAGCUUCACUCUGGAUUCUUCAUUUGGGAAUUGGAUGAAAAAAAUGUCCCAAGGGGGGGGUGGCUGUCCUUUUUUCCAUGUAGCCCACCUGGGGUGAUCUGAUAUUACUGAUUGUAAUAUUGUGACAAUAGGCUCUGAUCAUCUGGUGCAUCAUUAUUCGGUUGUCAGGGUGAUACUUGUAUAGAAAAUAAGUGCUAUAGAAUCAGGGAUGUGUGAUUUACAUAUUUGUAUACUACAUGUAUGUGAUGAAAAUAGGUGUUAAUGAUGAUGAAACUUAGAGAUCUGCAAUCAGUAAUCAUGUCAGUUCCAACUUACGAAUAUGCAAGAUUCCACCUUUACGUCAGCCGAGCGUUACAGGAAAAGACUCCUCAGAUGUUUUAUCUGACAAGCCUCAUUUUAUCUAACUGUUGCCAACUUGCCAUAGUAACAUCGCUUCUCAGCCAAUCAAAAUCAAGGAAAGUUGUGAGGUCUGAUAACUUGCCGGACAGCAACUGUUGAUAAAGUACUCCUCAGAAGGCAGUAUCCUUCAUUCAGAAUGCUGGUGCACAGAUCGAUUUGAUAUACAGCAUUUUUACAAGGAAGCUAAAAGUUCAACUUGCACUUGCUGAUUUGACAGAAGUUUACAUGUUAAUGAUUGUAGUGAAAUCCCUUUAUUAAUGACUGUAUGGAUUACAAAAAAAUGAUGAUGUAGAUAUGGUUCCAAACCAGAAGUCCUUGCACAAGGCAUUAAUCAGUGACUUGCAGCCAGGGACUUGUUUUGUGCUAAACCAUUUUAUCUACAGCGCUUUGAAACAUUAUUCUGAUUUUUUGCAUGAAGUGCUAGAUGAGAGCGAAAUGCCUAGGUAUUUAAGACCAUGUUAAAUUUGUUGAAUACCACGUGGGAUGCAUCAACGUGAUGACGUACAAGCACUUCAUCAUUUUUAAUGUGUUCCUAUGCUGAGAGCAAAGCAAUACAUGUCCUUUUGAAAUAUUAACCAUGAAAGGAAUACAUUGAGGAAAAGGGUCAAUCCAAGACAUUCAAAGCCUCUAUUUUGUUUUAAAGCAAUAAUUGAUUUUGAUACAUCAUUAUCUAGGUUUUGAAAGACUUCUUAAAGUGUAAUGGAAAUUUUAAUCUGCUCUUCAGGGAUGAAUUAAACAAGUACUGCCCUAGUCUGAUGCACACAAAAGAUAUUUGUGAAUUAUGUGAAUGAAAUUGACCAGGUGGGUGUUUCAUAAAGCUGUUCGUAAGUUGAGAGUGACUUUAAGAAAGACUGGUGAUCCUUUCUUCCGCACCAAAGAACAUUUUUUGUGUAAAUUAUUUACCACAAGUAAGGAUCACCAGCCGUUCUUAAAGUCGCUCUUAACUUCCAAACAGCUUUUUAAAAUGGCCUCCUCGGCAUGACAGUACAGUCCACCUGACAUUGUUUUAAUGUAUGUACAUUUGUUAUUCCAUUCAGAGUGACGAGAUUUUAUUAGUUAUAAUUAAUGUAUUUGGGGCUUCCUGAAGCAUAAUUUCAAAUAUUUUCCCAGCAAGAGAAAUAUUUGUGUCUCAUCAGUUAAGCCUACGGAGUUGUUUAUAUUUAGUACUAAACAAUGAGAAUAUGAUUAUUUUAAUAUCUAAUGUGUAAAAUUAUUACUAUUCUAUAUGUGUAAAUGUAUAUACUAAUGGUGACAGACUUAUAAUAAUUUUAAUAUAGAUAUGAUAUUCAUGUAUAAGAUGAUUUAUCCAAUGUACAGUACAUUCUCUUUAUUUAUUUAUUUAAAACAGUUUAAUGCAACAAGGGUGCUAUAGCGGCUGAAUAGCCGAAUUGCAUUACCCUUUACAAUCAUUUACAUAAAAAUACAAUCAAUAUCAAACAAAAAACAACUAAAUUUACACAAAUUCUACAUCAUAAAUACACUUAUAUCAUGAUAUAAAAUUAAAAAAUAAUAUAAUACUGAUAGUACAUGCAUUUGUUGUAAAAUGUUGUAAAAAAAAAUGUAACAGAUUAAUUGAAAAUUCUCAUGUAAUAUCACUUACGGUAAUUUGUUUUCUUUCCUUUUUUGUGUGUGAUACCAAAGAAUACACUGCCAUUUUGUAUAUUUUUGAGAAAGAAAGUUGUAGCUGUAGGACGUGUCAUCAUUUUUGUGAGAAAGAGUUGACGUUGUUCACCUCAAGAAUCCUCCAAAUUUGAUUAUUUUUUAAUUAAACGGUUUCUCUCUAAAUAAAUGUCUUCCAGUAAUUGUGAAGACGUAUGUUUCGAUAUUUAAAUCUACAUUGGACAGCAUUGUACAGAUACUAUUUCAACAUGUAUGAUUUUAAAUUGAAAUUGCAAUAAUUUUUAGAAUAGAAUUUCCAUGAUCAUUUGUUCAUUCAUUUGUUUUCAUGUUGAGGUAUAAUUCUCAUGUUAUUUUACAUUUCUAUUGAUGUGUGAUCUGUCAAUAUCUUUCUUUUUAAUAUACUUUGAUUCAGAAAUCUGGAUUCAAUACUUUUAACAAUAAUCUAGAGAAAUUCUUUUAAAAUAACCCUUCUUACCAUCUCAUACUUGUACAAUAAUGUGCUCUACAUGCAUAAGAAUUAUGCAAGUUGCAAUGGCCUUUAAAUGUUUUGUUUUUUACUUUUGAUAUAUUAGCCCAUGCUUUUCAACAAAAACUUGUUCUGACCAAUCAGGCCAUGCCAUUUCAGUAGCUUAUAAUGGUAACUUGCUUUAGUACAUAAGAUGCUUGGCCCUACUGCAUG